AUGCAGGACGAUGUGGUCGACAUAGCUUACAGCGAGUCCACCUUCCGCAUCACCAUUCCCUUGGGAGGGUUAUCGACAGCUGUCAGCCAUCCGCCCGUUACGGCUGAGGUGGUGGAGAAGAUGCAGCGGGUGACUGUCAGGAUUGAAGCAUUUCCGUCCGAGGUGGGGGAUGGUGCGGAGCUCGGGGGGCGGUAUGACAAGAGCGCUGUUGGGUCGGUCCGGACUGUGCUUCAGACGGUCGUUGGGAGGGGGGUGGGGGUGGGAAUCAGCAGAAAAAUGGUAGUCAUCGAAAUAAUAGACCACAACCAGGACUACGAAAAGGGUGUCAACUACACCCACGAAGUCCCUCACGCUGCUCGAAGACUACGUCCUCCAACUCACGAACGUGGCCAAGGUAUCGGUGGGCAUCAAGCGUCGUGGACGGGGUUGGCGCGUGGGCAUUUCGAUGUGCAACUGUCUUGUUUCGGUAAGAAUGUUGGGGGAAAGGUAGGCGCUUUUGAGACCGAAGAUGAGGUGGGGGUGGUGGAGGGGGGCUGGGGGGAGUUUUAUUAUGGGAGGAGGAUUGUGUUUCGGCCUGCUGUUGGUGUGGAAGUAAGUGGGCAGCGACCGGCGGUGGUUUUCUGGGGGACGAUCAGGGCGUGA